AUGGGAAAUAGCCAAUCAGGAGAAGAUGUGGCUUUUGAAGUUUUAAAAAAAGUGGGUUCGGUCGCUCUUGCCGUUAGUUAUUUUACUCCUGCUGCCGCAAUAACUGGUCCCAUGACGGUUGUUGGAGGAGUAACUGGUUUGGGGAUGGAAAUUGCCGGCGAGGCUAUGGAUAAUGAUGAGUUAAAGAAAGCGGGUAGUUUGUACAGAGGAAUGGCAAUUGAUGCUGGUAUCGACGGAAUUGCUGGUGGUGCUCUUGAAGGUGCAAAAACAUGUGGAAAAGCGGCUAAGUGGCUUAAGAUGGGGUGCGAAGCCUAUAACAACGCUAGCGAUGACUUUCACAGAGCUACUGGCAAGCCUUUUAUUCCCACUCCCGAUCCUCAAACGACUCUCUACGUCGCCAAAAAUAUUAAGUAUAUGUUCUGA